AUGUUAUUCAAAUCAUUACAAUCAAUCACAAGUGUUAACUCAAUCCAAAAGAAUCAAAUUUCUUCAAUUUCAGUAGGAAGCACACAAUCAAAUAAUAAUGCAGCACUCUUAGAUGCUGCAGCACUUGUUGUAAUUCCAGGUUUAUUGACUGCUGCCGCUGUUGCUCAUAUUUAA